AUGUCUUCACAAUCUUCUUCAACAAAUUAUAUUUUAUUAUUAAAAUCAAUAACUAAAUAUUUAUAUCAAAUAGGUGCUCCAAUUUUAAUAUGUAUUGGUAGUAUUAGUUGUAUAUUAAGUUUAAUUGUAUUCACAAAAAAAUCUUUACAAAAAAAUCCAUGUUCACUUUAUUUUAUUUCAUAUAAUAUAGCCAAUCUUAUUUUAAUGUAUUCAUCUAUAUUAACAGUAACAUUAUCAGCUGGUUAUGGUAUUUCUCCUUCUGCAUAUAAUUUAGCUUUUUGUCGUUAUAAUUUAUAUAUGGCAAUUCUAAUCGAUAUUCUUAGUUCAUCUUAUUUAGUUUUAGCUUCGAUUGAUCGAAUGUUAGUGACUUCUGUGAAUGUUAAAACAAGACAACGAAGUACUCGUCGUUUUGCAUAUUUCAGUAUUAUUAGUAUAACAAUAUUUUGGAUAUUAUUUCAUAGUCAUAUAUUAUCUUCAGCAGUUAUUACACAAGUUACACCAAAUAAUUUUGUUUGUAAUCUACCACCUGGAACAGAUCUGAUAUUACAUUCUUAUUAUUCACUUAUAGUUAAAGCAUUAUUAAUACCAUUAUUAAUGAUUAUAUUUGGAUUAUUAGCAUUAAGAAAUAUUCGAAGAAUACGUUCUAUUAGAAGAACUACAAAAAAACAACUACAAUCAGGUUAUUCAAAAGAUCGACAAUUUUGCUUAAUAUUAUUUAUUGAUAUAGCUGCAUAUGUUAUUUUUAGUUCCAUGUUAUCUGCAAUUAAUAUGUAUCAACAAAUUACUCAAUAUUAUAUAAAGAGUUCAUUUCAAACACAAUUUGAACUUUUUCUAAAAACUACCGCUGUUUUUAUCAAUUAUAUUUCCAUUUGUAUUGGAUGUUAUACAAAUAUUAUUAUAUCAAAAACUUUUCGUAAGAAUAUUAAAGAUAUCAUUUUAUGUAAAUGA